GGAUGUCCACAGUGGUGAUGCAGAGCCUGGCGUAUGUGCAGCACUCCUCCUCUGUCCCCGGAGCUAAGCUGUUAAUCAGCGGGGACCUGAAGCUGCAGCAGAGGACCCCCCUGCCUCACCGGGGGGUCUACAACGUUUACAAUGUGUCAGUGAUCGAUGGCUCCAGCCCCUUCGCCAGUGCGUAUGAUCUUGACAACAUAAUCAGGAGCUACCAGAAUAGAAACUUGACCACAGUGCUGUCCUGUCCCAUACCGAUGUGGACGGUGGGACGAGCUGCUGGCUCUCCCUUUCAGAUUAAUGCAGAGAUCCGAUACCCUGUGGAGGUCAUCAGCUAUCGACCAGGCUUCUGGGAAACCAUCAAGUUUGCCUGGAUUCAGUACGUCAGUGUGCUCCUCAUCUUUCUCUGGGUCUUUGAACGCAUCCAGAGAUUUGUUUUCCAGAACCAGGUUCUAACCACAGUCCCCAUACCAGUGGGAAAACCUCACCAGUCAUGAUGCAGUGGUCGUCAUUUGAAAUACAAGAAGCACCAGGUUGCAAUAUUAGGUACACUAUUAAAUGUCUCACUAUUUUUUUCCAUCACUGAUACUCUGCAACUUAAACGUAAUACCAAGUGUUUUAGUGUAAGGGAUUAGCCACUAGGUCUGUUUUGUAAUUUCAUAAUACAUAAACAACACAUUUUUCCUUUGAACACUUUAAGAUGUGUCCUUGUUAUUCACCAAGUAAUGGAGCAUAUGAACCUCCCAAGAGCUUGAUGUAGUCCUUUCAUAAUUGUGGCAAAAAGUCCUUAACUUUUUCCUGGACAUGUUUUUAUGCAGCCGCUUCUCUACAGGAAGUACAGUAGCUCUUGCCAUGGAAAAUGCAUUUCUUCUUUUGUGAGGUUCUUCGAAGCAAUGAAAAUGAAUUGAAAAUAUUUAUAGAUUUUCUAUAUUUGUACUAUUUUUAUGUUGUGAAAAUUUGUGACAGUAAUAUUUUGUUCAUUUUUGUAUUGUACAAAGCUUUAGAUGAUGAUUAAUAAACGUUUUUUCCGUCCAACGGCAAUCAU